GUACGUAUCUAAACAGUUUACCUAAGUGUUCUGGGGGGACGAUAUAUUAUGCGUUCUCAUAUCGGUUCGUGUACGGGAUCUAGUAGCACUCAACAAUACAACUCUCGUCUGGGUUCUUUGUAGACGUAAAGAAAGGAAGGAAAAUUUCGGAGUUAAAAAAAGAAUAUUUUGAAGAAAAAAAAAUCAUAAAUUAAGUUGAUCAUUAGUAGUGUCGAAUGUGCGGGAAAUAUUUUUAGAGAGACGAAAAUCAAAAAGUAAAAUUUUAGUUUAUAUUUGGCGAAAAGUGGCUGAUGAAAGGGCGGGAAAAACUGUUGAUACAGAAGUGAAUAAUCGUGUUGAAAAGUGAGUAUAUGAUUUACGUUUACCAACGCAAUAUAUCCGUAUGAAUAUUUAGAUAGUCGUCUUCGAUCUCACAUGCAACAUAAAAUAAAUAUUUUUAUUCAGAAAAAUUGUUUUCGUUUGAUCCUUGUUCAAAUAAAGGAGUUUUUUUUUGCCGAUACUGUUAUAUAAACUGGAUGGUGGCACAGAUGCAUAUAUAAAAGUGCAUUAAUAGCAUUUCAUAUCGAUGUCAAUUACACACUUUGAAGACAAUUUGAUCUAAAAUAUGUCAUCACAAGUAGCAGAAAAUUACCAACUGAAAUGGCACUCCCACCUGACCAAUUUAAAUACAUCGGUGUCAACGUUAUAUCGAAAUGAAAAAUUUGCCGAUGUUAUGCUCUUUGCCAGUAAUUCAGAGGGUGGCGUUGGUAUUCCGGCUCAUAAAAUCAUAUUGAGUUCAUGCAGUCAUUACUUUGCAUCGAUUUUCGACUCGAAUCCAUCUCCUCCAAACGCUAUGGUAUACAUCGUCCUUCCACCAGAGCUGAGUAAACGAUCCAUUACCACAUUAGUCCAGUACAUGUAUAGCGGCGAGGCAACAGUGUCCAAUGAUAUUCUGAACGAAGUUUUGCGGGGGGGUGAAGUGUUAAAGGUUCGUGGACUUUGGCGCAACAAUCAAACAAGCGAACCGAAUGCAAGUAGUACUCCACAUUGUCCUCCAGCGCAUAAAAGCGACCAGUGCACAAAAGAUCCACACCAAAUUAUUGCUGAGAAACCAAUUUACGAACAUCGAAUACCACAAAUCACAUCAGCAGUAACUGAAAGUCCAGUAAUUGUUAUGUCUUCACAGCCGCAAUCGCAACAGCACCAGCAAUCCAAUAAGUCAAUGCAAAAUAUAGCAGCAAAUCGGGAAAUCAUCAAUAACGAACCAAUAGAAACGGCUGCAAUUCCUACAUCACACUAUGGAUUGGUAUCGUUGCAAAUAGCCGCUGCAGUCAAAAAAGCUCAACAGAAUUCGGAGAAACGCGUCAAAUCCGUAUCCGUUUAUCCGAAGAAUUUAAGUGAAUCGGUUCGACGAUACAGUGAUGAUCAGUCCAAAGAAAUUGAAGCCGGACACAUCCGUGUCAAGGAAGGCGAAGUGUUACGCAUGUCCGACCGCAGGCGAAGUAGUGUCAGCGAAACGAAUGCAGAUCCAUGUGAAAAAGUUACAAUGAAGUAUUCAUCUGGACCGAUAAUAGUUGAGAAAAAGGCGUCCGAUGUUCACAUCCCGGAAGCGUUAAGUUUUCUCACCAUCAAACAGGAACCGACUGAAUGGAGUGAUUACGAACAGGAAAAUGGCAUUGACAAGCCGCAAAUUGAAGUAACUGUAAAACCGGAGAUUUUGUAUGCCGAUGAGGAGCCAGUUGAAAGUGAAGAAGAUCUUGAUGAUCGUGAGCAAAUGAUUUACUCCCCGCUCACUUGUGAAUUGUGCAGUGAAACAUUUACUGUUCCGGCUGAAUGGGUCAGGCACAUCGAGAGCCAUGCAGAGUCUACCCACUGUCAUGUUCCAAAGAAACGGAAAAGACUUGAUUUAAGUGAACCAUCUUGUGAGAACAUUGCCGCUCUUCGUUGCGACCUAUGUUCAAUGUAUUUCGUGACUCCUGCUGAAUGGGUUAGACAUGUCCAGAAUACGCACACCGAAACAGAACUAGCUCUAUCAAACAACAGCACACCGCCAAAGCGAAAUUAUCGACCAAUACGUCCAUUAGAGGGUCAAGUGUUGGAGAAAUCGUGUUCGAUUUGCAAGAAAACAUUUCCAUCAUAUGCAUCAAUGGUGAUACACAAACGGACGCAUACAGGUUUGGCGAACGACCGUUUUACUGCAGUCUCUGUAACAAGGGCUUCAAUGUGAAAUCGAACCUACUCCGGCACAUGCGUACAUUGCACAACCAACUACUGAAUCCAUCGAAUUUGAAUGACUAUUCGGAUGGGCCCAAUCAGGAAUUCGAUAAUGCGUGAUUCAACUGAUUUUAAUUCAACAUUUUACGCAAUAAAGUUUAAAAAAAGAAAACAAAAAAUGAAAAUGAAAAUUCCAAUUUCCUUAAAUUGAAUGUAUUGUAUUGAGCAUGUAUUUUUUGUAAAAAUUUAAUUAAAAAACUUUUAUUUGAA